CGCCGUUGCAACAACACGUCGCCCGCGACUCUUCGUCAGGGGUUGACAUAAGCCUUUAAAUCCGCUGACAUCAACACGUAAACCCUUUGAGCGGUAGAAUUGACACGCUGAUGUAAUUGUGAGCCGUCACUGGUGCGCGGCUUUGAUUAAAACCGUUGUGUCACUUAUUUGCAACGCGCGCGAGGGCGAUGAUGCGCUUUUUCGAACAGAGUCCGGGCCUCCUCUUCAAGGCUGCUCCGCCCUAGCUCGAAGGUCGAAAUGCUCACCGGCUGGGCACCAAUCUGGCAACCCGUUGCCAGGAAGUGACGUCAGCGAGCGCCCUUCUCGUCUUGCCUUCCCGGUUGUGAGCGUCGCCCGGCGUGCCAUGUUCAACCCGAGCGACUUGGAGGGCGACGUCGACCACUCCUUUUUUGACAGUGACCGCGACGAAGACCGAGGCGGAGCGGGAGGAGGGAGCGACGAAAAUGAAGCCGAGGAAGACGCGCCCGCCCGGACGCCCAGCGGCUCGUUCGCGGCAUUCCUGGCCAGCGGAGUGACAGAAGACGACGAGAACAGCAACAGCGGCACGGACGACACCCGGGGACCGCCCGCAGUCUCGCACUCUGCGUCGGAGGCUCUCAGCGCGCGGUCCCCCCGAGCCAAGCGGCCGCCCAGUUCCUCCUCCUCCACCCUGUCGAGCCGGUUCAGCUCCCCGGGAGGCUCGAGGAGAAGAGGCCGGGCGCCGUCCGCCCGCGUCCCCAGCAGGGCGUCCAACAGGCGCUCCCUCGCAGACGCGUCGGACUUCACGCUGAGGGACGAGGUCAGUCCGGCGUCCUCGACCUUCCAGCACCUCCAGUUCGCGGAACCAGAGGAAGGCGGCUCCAAGGGCAAGCGGCGGGGAAGUGCGCCCCAGACCCGACCCAACAGCAUCCUCCGUCCGCAGGGGACCUUGAAUGCAGACACGGACUCGUUUGCCAGCGGCAGCGUCAUGCAGGACAACCUGAUCCUGCACUGCCGAGGACGGCCGAGCAGGAAGAACUUCACCUUCAACAACAACGAGGUGCGGCGCAUCGACCACGAGAACCAGCGACUCCUGCGGGUGCUCUCCCGGAUCUCCUUGGCGCCGGGCUCCAUCGUGAGCCAGUUCAGCCGCAAGAACACCACCCCGCACGUCCCCCACAGCUCCGUCAACCGCAUGCGGGAGCAGAAACGCAUCGACAAGGACAACCAGGCACUCCUGAAGAGGUUGGAGUACGUCAAGUCGACGCCGGCGCUCAAGCGUUCCAACCAGCUGUCCGACUACCAGCGUCAAGCCAGAUAUCAGGCCACGCCGUGUGAAGUGUGCGACGCCGCCACCAACAUUCUUCCAUCCAGCGUGGCCGGCAUGAGCUCCGUUCGGGGCAGCGCGUCCCAGAUGGGAACACGGGCCACCUCGGUCAGCUCCAACGCAACCAGGUCCAAAGCGCUCCUCGCCGCCCGCCCGCCUUUUUGUUGUUAGUUGCUUGUUCUUAUAUGUACAUUUCAGCAUGCAUGUCUUCUUUAAUUUAAUGAAUAAACCUCUCUAUUUUUACAAAG